CAACAGAAAAAGAUACACAUUCACUGUUUUUCAGCGGAAAUAACUCCUCCUCCCUAUAUCUAUUCAUUCUUUUCUUUCUCCGUUUUCCUUCUUCUUCAUUUUUCUCGCCUCCCAAUAAUCCUCCUCUCUUCAUCAUGUCCGAUCACUCCGCCGAUCUUCCUGCCGCUGCCGCCGCUCUUAGCGCUGAAGAUCGUGCUGGUCUCGUCAAUGCACUCAAAGAUAAGCUUCAGCUCUUGGCUGGGGAGCAUGUGGAUAUCCUGGAAACGCUGUCACCAAAAGUCAAGCAACGCGUUGAGGUUCUAAAAGUUUUGCAGAGCGAACAUGAUGAACUGGAGACUAAGUUUUUAGAGGAGCGAGCUCAGUUGGAAGCUAAAUACCAGAAGCUUUAUGAACCACUUUAUACUAAGAGGUUUGAGAUUGUCAAUGGUGUUAUUGAGGUUGAAGGAAUAACAGAUGAAACAGUCCUGGGAGAAGAAAACAAAGGAGCUGAAGAGAAAGGAGUGCCUAACUUUUGGUUAACUGCAUUGAAGACUCAUGAAAUACUGGCUGAAGAGAUUACUGAACGUGAUGAGGAGGCCCUCAAGUAUCUCAAAGAUAUCAAGUGGUGUAAAAUUAACAAUCCCAAGGGUUUUAAGUUGGACUUUUAUUUUGAUUCUAAUCCUUAUUUCCAAAAUGCUGUACUGACAAAGACAUAUCACAUGAUUGAAGAUGAUGACCCUAUAUUAGAGAAAUCAAUUGGAACGGUAAUUGAGUGGAAUCCAGGAAAAAGCUUGGUGCUAAAGGUUCUGAAGAAGAAACCAAAGAAAGGAUCAAAAAAUGACAAACCGAUCAUAAAAACUGAAAAAUGUGAAAGUUUUUUCAACAUUUUUAACCCUCCCCAGAUUCCUGAGGAUGAUGAUGAAAUUGAUGAUGAUAUUGUUGAAGAGCUUCAGAAUUUGAUGGAACAUGAUUAUGACAUUGGUUCUACAAUAAGAGACAAAAUUAUCCCUCAUGCUGUGUCUUGGUUCACGGGAGAGGCUGUUGAGAGUGAUUUUGACACAGAUGAAGAUGGUGAUGGUGAUGAAGAGGGUGAGGAUGAUGAUGAGGACGAUGAUGAGGACGAUGACGAUGAGGAGGAUGACGAUGACGAUGAUGAGGAGGAAGAAGAUGAAGGGAAGGGGAAAAGCAAGAGCAAGAAUCUUAACACUAGCACAGAGCACCCUCCUGAUUGCAAGCAGCAGUAGUGUUUGAUCGUGUGCAACAGUCCUGGAUAUAUUUCGUGUUAGUGGUACAAUUACUGUAGAGUUUGGGGUAUUUUAGUCAAAAGCUGUGAUUUUACAUUACUAUUAUCCGUCCUUUUCUUGCCUUUUUUUUUUGGGUUAAUCUUGGUCUCUGCUUAGGAUUCUUGGGUUUUGAUAUUUAUUUUACAUUACUAUUGUUGGUCCUUUUCUUGCCAUUUUUUUGGGUUAGUCUUUUGGUUUCUGCGUAGGAUUCUUGGGGUUCUUUGUGUGUUGUCCAUUGGUAUUUAUUUUAUAUAUCAUUUUUCUUGGGUUUUAAAAGUAAGUGAUGAGGAUCUGUGUCAUUGUCCAUAUUUACCUAUUACUAUAAGAAUCUGUACAGAUCUACUUCAAUUACUAUGAUUAUUCUAUUGAACUUAUCGAAAA